UGUCGCAAAAGCUGCCUCGUCGAAUGAAGAGCAACGCAAGAAGUCUAAUGUCAAAUCUGCGGGCGAGCCUCACAGCCACACAGGCACCACCGAUCGCCUCUUCGUAGCCCACGGUCCGUCCCGUCCAGUGGCAGCAGCGGCCUUCGAUGGACUUCGAGUGCCCGAGGAAGGUGUCCGAGAAAGCCCUCAAAGCCCGGUCUUCUGUUACUUCUGCAUGAGCCGAACAAUUUUCCACUAGGAAAAUAUGUGGUGUCUGGUCAGCCAGCCAAACAAUGUCAUCCUCGAAGUCGAGGUGGACAGCAAGGCCAAGGGCCAGCAGUGCCUUGAAAAGGUGUGCCAGAGCUUGGGCAUUGGCAAGGAGGAGGACUACUUUGGCCUCAAGUAUCUGAGUCCCAAGGGCGAGGAGCUCUGGCUCAACCUGCGCAACCAAAUCGACCGCCAAGUGGCUGGACCGCCGUAUCGGUUUGCGCUGAGGGUCAAGUUUUGGGUGCCUCCACACCUCAUCUUGCAAGAUGCCACCAGGCACCAAUUCUUCCUGCACGCCCGCUUGGAGUUGCUGGAGAACCGGCUCAAAGUGCCCGACUGCGAGACAAUGGCCAGAGUAAUCGCUCUGGUGGCUCAAGCAGAGGCCUCGGAGGAAGAAAUACCCUCGUCGCUGAUGUGCCUUUGCGCUGGCGCGCCUUCUGAUCUCUACCAGCGAGUUGCGAUGGAGAGAGCCAAAUUACAGGGCAUGAAACAAAGCGCCGCCGAGUACUGGUUGCUGAAGGAGGUCAGCAACUUCGAAACAUUUGGCCAAGAACUGUUUGGCGCCAAGACGCGCGUCGGACUGGGAAAAAUCGUAGGCGUCGGUCCGCACGGAGUCAGCCUUGUUGACGUUGAAACCGGCCAAGCCAAUAACAUUCCGUACACAGCAAUACAACGCGCUUCUUCGAUGAGGCGCUCACUUCACGUGUACCACUUGGAAGGCGCCGGCGCCUCCGUGGCUAGACUGGAGCUCAAGCUGGACUCCUCCCAGGCGGCCACUGGCCUGUACCGGUGCAUCACCGAGAAACACGCCUUCUAUAGUUGCGAGACCGUUCGCAGUGCAGUCACCUCACAGUUCAUCAGAGAUCUCAAGGGUACUAUUGUAUCAAUCUUCAACGAAGACACUUCAUUGGGGAAGAAAUAUGUGUUCGACAUCCGCCGCACCUGUCGCGAAGUUUACGACAAUGCCAGGAGGGCCCUUUAUCUGAGUGGAGAAAUGCCUAAUGUGGAGCUCCAAGAACCAGAUUUAGAAGGAAGCAGUAAAGCCCAAGUUACUUGCUCCAACCCUGGCUCUUGUCUUGAAGAGGAGUGCAAAAGCAGUGAAUGCAAGGCUUCUCGAGAUCAACUCUCUGAAAUCUUGGAUGCAAUCCUUUGCUGCAUUUGCAUGGACAAGAAUAUCGACACUGCAUUUUUCCCUUGCCGACAUGCCAUAUCAUGCAUUGAAUGCGCCUCUCGCUGCGACAGGUGUCCUUUGUGCAGAGCGGACAUCACCGAGGUUACCCCAAUUUACCUUCCAUCCCAACUUAGAGUGAGACCGUCGCAGGUGCCAAUCUUGUGAAAUAUUUAAAAAAAAAAAAAACGUGAUUUUGUGUGCAACAAAGAUGCAAUCAAAACUUUUGUGCAAUUUUUAGAAGAAAAAAGUAAUAGCAACUUAAGGACGCAAUCAAUGUUCAGUAUUUCGUCUCAACCUCGUUGUAUGCAGCAGAACGAAAAUGUUAUUUUCACUUUAUCAAUAUGUUCCCCAUUAAUUCCCCUUAUUAUAUUGUCAAUUUUAGAAGCAGUAAAUAACUGAUUUUUCCCAUAUCGCAGAUAGUAUAAAUUUUGCUCAGGUUUCAAUUAGUGUAUGUAAUUUUCAAUAAUUAUAUGAUUGAUGAAAGUGGCUGUGAUAAAUUUGCUGUACAAUAAAGAUAAAUAAAUGGUGAAAUAAUUGGUAGAAAUACUGUA